AUGGCGGUGUCGGACGAAGCGGGCCGCACCGGUGCUGAAACUGAUGGUGAAGACAUAGCUGGCUCUGACCUAGACUUUUUUGCUGGAAACUGGGUGGCUCGGUGCGGGGCCGAGGACUACCGCGCCAGUAGCCUUGGAACCACGUCGAGCAACCCCGGCGUCUACCGGGCCAAUUGCACUCGAAGCUCGUCGAGCCGUACUGGGGACAGUCGGUGCGGGGACAGCCGGGCCGGGGACUACCGGGCCAGUAACAUUGGAACCACGUCGAGCAACCCCGGCGCCUGCCGGGCCAGUUGCACUCGAAGCUCGUCGACCCGUGCUGGGGACAGUCGGUGCGGGGACAGCCGGGCCGGGGACUACCGCGCCAGUAGCCUUGGAACCACCUCGAGCAACCCCGGCGUCUGCCGGGCCAAUUGCACUCGAAGCUCGUCGAGCCGUACUGGGGACAGUCGGUGCGGGGACAGCCGGGCCGGGGACUACCGGGCCAGUAACAUUGGAACCACGUCGAGCAACCCCGGCGCCUGCCGGGCCAGUUGCACUCGAAGCUCGUCGACCCGUGCUGGGGACAGUCGGUGCGGGGACAGCCGGGCCGGGGACUACCGGGCCAGUAAGACUGGAACCACGUCGAGCAACCCCGGCGUCUACCGGGCCAGUUGCACUCGAAGCUCGUCGACCCGUACUGGGGACAGUCGGUGCGGGGACAGCCGGGCAGGGGACUACCGGGCCAGUAACAUUGGAACCCCGUCGAGCAACCCCGGCGCCUGCCGGGCCAGUUGCACUCGAAGCUCGUCGACCCGUACUGGGGACAGUCGGUGCGGGGACAGCCGGGCUGGGGACUACCGGGCCAGUGAGAUUGGAACCACGUCGAGCAACCCCGGCGUCUGCCGGGCCAGUUGCACUCGAAGCUCGUCGACCCGUACUGGGGACAGUCGGUGCGGGGACAGCCGGGCUGGGGACUACCGGGCCUGUAACAUUGGAACCACGUCGAGCAACCCCGGCGUCUGCCGGGCCAGUUGCAAUCGAAGCUCGUCGAAGCGUACUGGGGACAGUCGGUGCGGGGACAGCCGGGCCGGGGACUACCGGGCCAGUAACAUUGGAACCACGUCGAGCAACCCCGGCGUCUGCCGGGCCAGUUGCAUACGAAGCUCGUCGAGCCGUACUGGGGACAACCGGGCCAGGAACAGCCGGGUGGGCCGCUCCUGGCAGGGCAGCAGCAGUAUGGGAAACAGCACGGCCGGGUACAGCAGGUGCGGAGACAGUCGUGCCGGAGAUUACUGGGCCAGUAGCAGUGGAACCACGUCGAGCAGUGCCUGGGUCUACCGGGCCAGUAGCUUUCGAACCUCGUCGAGUCGUGCCGGGGAUAGAGGGACUGGUAACAGCCAAGCCAGGGACAGCUGA